AUGGUUCUUCUUGGACGACUUUGGGGUACCGCUGCUCUUGCGGCAUUGGCAGUUGCUGCUCCUUCUCGGCCUGUUCCUCGGGAUGUGUCGGCUGAUUUGCUGGGACAAUUGACUCUAUACUCUCAAUGGGCCGGGGCAUCAUACUGCACGAACAAUAACAACUCAACCGGCGACGCACUAUCUUGCGAGGAAGGCAACUGUCCAUUAGUGGAGGCUGCUGACACAGUCACUCUAUAUGAGUUUGAUAAGAAACUCAGCUAUGGCGAUGUCGCCGGCUUCCUCGCGGUCGACAAAACAAACAAGCUCCUCGUCGUCUCAUUCCGAGGCAGUCGCACGAUAAGUACCUGGAUUGCAAACAUCGACUAUGGCUUGAAUGAUAAAACUGGUAUCUGCACCGGCUGUAAAGUUCACGGCGGAUUCUGGGACUCGUGGAGGACUGUCGCAGACGGUCUGACAUCCAAGAUCCAAGCCGCACAAAAAACAUACCCAGGCUACACUCUCAUCGUGACAGGCCACAGCUUUGGCGCAGCUAUUGCUACGGUGGGAGGUACCGUGCUUCGAAAUGCAGGAUAUGACCCUAAGGUGUAUUCUUACGCCUCACCACGGGUGGGUAAUAAGGCUCUGGCCGAAUAUAUCACGACAAAGGGCAGUCUCUGGCGUGUCACACAUACGGCUGACUUGGUGCCUAAGCUACCACCUGCGUUCGCUGACUUUAGCCACUCAAGUCCCGAGUACUGGAUUACUAGUGCGAACCAGGCGAUAGUGACCUCGUCUGAUAUUGAUGUCAUUGAAGGCGUGGGCUCGCGGGCUGGAAAUGCGGGCACAUUGAAGGCUGAUACCGAGGCACACAAUUGGUACUUGGGACAUAUUGAUGCCUGCCAAUAG